UAAAACAUUUGUACCGGCUGAGGAUAGAGCAGUGACGCCCGUCCCUGCAGUCUCCACUCUGCAGCCAUGAUCCGAUGUGUGCUAGUGCUGGAUGAUAUACAAUGUAUUUCACAUUUCUUUGUGACCGAAAGUUGUUUUAUUUAAUUUGUAUUUCGCUGGUUUUGACUUUUGAAGGAUAUUUCGGGAUCGGUGGCUGUUCUGUAUGAUAUAAACCGUGCAUAUGUACAACAUGUCGGUAAAUAUAUAUCGAUAAUCGCGUCUUCUUCGCAAUAAAUGCGUUGUGAACUUGGUAUUAGCGAUUAAUUAACAAUGUGCUCGCAUACACGCAAUGCACAAACAUAUAUUAUUAUAUGUAAUUACGAAUUAUCGACAAGUCCAUUGCGUGGAUCGAUCUGUGCGAUAUAUAUUUUGUGCCGGAAGGAUCAAUAUUGAAACAGUAGUUCAGUUUAUUGUUUAUUGGACUGCGGAUAUCAUUUAUCGAAUUCAUGUUCUUAUAUAUUAUAUAUUAUGAGAUGCGCGACCUAGCACGUUACCAUUGUGAAUUCUGGCCGUCCAUCCAUGAUUCCAUAUUACACGGAAUAAUUUAAAACCUGCAUCCCGGCGGGAUGUGCUUAUAACUGCUAACCUGCUAAGUGAUGGAAAUGAACUGCAGGAAAUCGCGAUCGUCUCGUUCGUCGGCGGAGGUCUUCGGGUUCGCGGUUUUCGGAGCGCUCACCUUUCGGAAGGUUUUUACGGUUGACAGAUUUACAGCACACUCUCACCAAGUUCAAGAUGGCUCAAAACAAUCCACAAGUCUACGAGGCGAUGGAUGUUGACGAUCCACCUCUCCACAGCGUAAUGCGACUGAACAUCAGUGUUCCGGAGGCAGUGCACGCGCUGGAUGGGUCCCGUCAAUAUUUGCGCGAGACAGAGCGCAGUCGCCCAGCACCGACAGCCAGCCACGCCGCGCACGUGGAAUCGUAUAUCCGGCAAAUUGGGGCGCGUAUGCGCGUGUUUGGACACGAGGCAGCAAUUAGUCGUCACUACAUGCACAAGGAGAUCACGGCGCUGAAGGCGACCACAUCGGCAACUCUGGCGGAAGUCCGUGCAGUGAACCACCGUGUGCAGAAUGUGGAAGAAGAGCUGCGGGGAGCCGUGACGAUCAUCAACGACAUCCAUACGCGUGUGGAACGUCUGGAGGAGGGACAAGAGCUGAUUUUGCAGCAGCUGCAGGAGAUGCGUCAGGAGCAUCUGCUGGGGCACCAGCAGAUCAAUGCCCGAUUUGGGCGGCUGGAGCGCCUGCUGAUCCGUGUGCUGCAGUUGGAGCAGCAGGAUCUGUUGAAUGCUUGAUAAUGAGACCGUCUUCGCAGUGCUGUGUGCCGGAUUUUUUUUGCAUUUUGUUGUACCGUCAUUUUGCUUACGCAGCACUGCCAUACACGGUUAAACUUUACAUUCCGGCAGUUUUUUUCAUUUUCUGAAUUUUGUUUGCGUCUCUUUGGGAACGCACCGCAUUGGUUGCUUGUUUAUUGCUUUUGGAUUACGGUAUGUUACGGCGGUUGCGGUAUGUUGCGGUGGACAGGUUACUUGCCUGAUUUGCAAUUUUCCACCUGUAUUUUUGCUGUAGUAUUUUGGCCGAUAUUUCUUUGCUUUGCUGUUACGACUUACGCGUACAUGUUACGCAGUUUUUGGAUUUUCUCCUUAAGACGACGGUAAUCCACCGCGGAUGUUCUCGAUACGAAAUCAGACAGGUUUCCUGGGAAAACCUUGUCAGUUGUGCGGACUUGUUGUUACUACGCCGAAUAACGAUAAUUCGUUGGA